AUGCAAGCAAGCUAUUAUGAAGUAAUUGGCGGCAUCUGUAAGCAUCGAUUUAUGGAUUUUGCAGUGACCGCACCGCCAUUUCCACCGCCGGAAGCUGGUCAAUGUCAUGUAUCGAGCAAAAGCGGUCGUGAAAUAUGCUGGCCACGCUACGAUGAACUGGACACGAGCUGUACCGAUGUCGGCAGUGGCAUGGUUUCGGCACCAGUUGUUAGACAUGCCGCAGUUCGAGCGAUGGCAUUUGUACCGCCGGACAAUCUGCGUCGUCUGAUCCGCCAGUACUAUCGGCAGCAAGGCCGCCCGAUACCGCGAAAUACAACUUUUAGCAAGAAUUCAUUCCUUUUCGUGCGCUAUGAAUGUGACUACGGCUAUGAAUUUGUUGAUGAAGUGAAUACGAUGUUUUGCAUCAACAGGCAAUGGGUUAUAACACCACCAAAAUGUCGCGGAAAAGGUUAA